AUGCAAUUUCGACAUGUCUCAUAUCUCCACUGGCUAUACGAAUUCGAUAUCUUCCACUUGAUCCCACCCAACGAGCGCAUAAAUUAUGCCGAUCUCGCAGCAGCAGCCAAAGUGCCCGAGCAGCGACUGGAAAGUAUCAUUCGCAUAGCAAUGACAAACUCUCUAUUCCGCGAGCAACCGUAUGGCAAGAGUAUAGUUCACUAG